AUGGCUCGCGGUCAACAAAAAAUCCAAUCGCAACAGAAGAACCAGAAGAAGGCCGACGCCGCCAGAAAGGCCGGAAUCGACCAGAAGGCUGCUGCCGCCAAGGCUCUCAACCACAAGUGCACUGUGUGCCUCGCCAUGAUGCCAGACCCAAAAACCUACAAGCAACAUUUUGAGAACAAGCACCCAAAAAGCCCGCUCCCAGCCGAACUCGAAGCCGUCUAA